AUGGAUAUCAUCGAGAGGCAUCGCAUCGCGUUUAGUAAUAUUGGGUCUCAGCUUUUUGGAGACUUAGAGAAAGAUUUGGAAUUAGCGCUGAAAAAAACAGGAGUCGAAGAACAAGCGGAACAGGAUAAGGACGUGAUUGAAGAUUUAAACAGUCGUUUACAAGAGCAGGAGCUGCUGCUUGGCGUGCAUGAAAGGUCGAAAUCGGAGCAUUUAAAGAAGAUUGCGGACCAAAAGGACGAAAUACAUCAUUUAAAAUGCGAACUGGCAGAGGCUGUCGUUGAGAACGAAAAUCUCGAAGAGCUUUUAGCAGUAAAAUCAGAUAGAGGACUUAGACGGAAAGUGCUUGGAACACCUCCAAGGGAACAGCUACAGGACAAGGAGAACUUGGACCCUUUACCUCCAGUUUUGAAUUAUCUUACCUCCCCCCUGCAAAAACUCCCAACUCUAGAGAGAGCAGUAUCACCACCUCACAAAUCAUCAAUACAAACUUCAAGAUCGCCAAAUCUUACUAGCGAUCGCAGCAUACAAACCGAAUACCUCUAUUCAAACGAUCAGACAACGCAAACAAGCUCCAUACAAAGUCAUGAGGAUCUCACAGAGGCAUUUUACGAACUCAGUGCUCGUUACGAUUCUGUUCGAAAUGAAACAUUAAAGCUCAAGAAAGCUUAUCUGGGACUUCAAGAAAAAUAUAUUAAGAACAGAAAGGUCUGGGAAGCAUGGAUCAAAACAGACAAAGAGCGCAUAGAGCAAACAAAAAAAAGGAAAAGGGAGGGGACUGUGAUGCCUGAGGAUGGGGGGCUGCAGCUAUUAGAUAGUAAUACGACGUCUAUGGCCAAAAUUGGGAGAACCCCCUACACGAAGCCACCGCCACUCUCGCCGUACAAGCCAAUACUUAUACCCGAGCUAUCCCACGCAAUUCCAACGAAAACGAGCCUGUUUGCAAAAUUCAAGGGUUCUAUUGGUAAACCGGGAUCUGAAGAUCUAGGUGUUGAUAUUUGCACUUCCGCUGGUACCAAGGACGCUAAGAACGAGGCCGUUUUACCUGUAGAAAAGGUCCAUUCAGAGCUAACGGAAAGCGACGAGGACCCCCCCUCACUACCAGCAACCCCUAGGGCUGAGACAGAGGCGGUCAAUACCACUAGAGAAAGUCCUAAGAGCACCCCAACUACUAUUUCUCAAGAUCGUAACACCUCCAGUACACAGAGUGAAAAUAGCGAAUCACGAGACAUUGAUUCUACACCGACCCAGAAAUUAUAUGACCGUCCUCCACUUGCUUCCCCGCGCCUUGAUACAGUCUUCAAUGUUCCAAGUGCGAGGGGGGAAACACAUAGCAGGUGUAUCCAAGAAGGGGGCUCUAUCGCUCGUCCUGUGGUGAUCAAGAGUGAAACCAGUGUUGCGAGUAGCGAAGGCUUCGGCUAUCAUCUUUACGAGCAAGAAAGCUUGGAUCUUGAUGACAUUGGUCAUAAACCAGAUACGCCUCGUAAGAAACAAAGGAUUGCCAAUUCUCUCCUUAGAGAAGGAUCAACAUCUAGUGUAACUUCUAGUGGUAGACCUGGUUGGAGUAAUGGUGGAUUUACGGUCAAGAUGAUACCGGGUAUUAUGUGGAAUAACGAAAAUGAGACUCUGUCUCCGGCGUCCCCAUUAUCAACCAUGCAUCCGGCUGGGGCCCCUUGUCAGCCAGAAAUAUCACGGAUAUCUUCCGGGAUAACGAAUAUUAAAUCCGCAGUACCGCCCCACAUGAGCCCAGAUACAGGCAUCGUGAUAUAUGGCGGAGAAAACCAGCGCGUUAACAACGAUUUGGGGAGCAGCCCCCCUCUGAUAGAAAACAUAAACCAACCCCCGCUCUUGACUCCUACUCGAAGAGCCUUACCAACUGCGGGAAAGCCAAAAUCUGGCCGGGACAUUCCUGAGAAGUCAAAAGCGAAGCGUCGCACAAUCGCCAGAGACUCCAUAGCACAAAUCACCGAGGAUGGGACUGAUGGGAUCGACGAUAUUGAUACUUAUGAUAUAUCCGAAGAACAGAGGAAACUGGAAGGUAUUCCAAAGUUAAGUGAGAUGCUUCACUCGCCUGCACCGAAAACUCCAAGUCUUGCACACUUGAAAAAGAAAAUGGGAGCUUGGAGUAGUGUUCCACCGAAAAAAACCCUCAGGAAAGGACCGGAAAACCCCGGAAGUACAAGUGAACCGCCGAAUAGAAAGGCACAGAAGGACUGGGUUGAUGCCUUAGCCGAAAGGAAACAGAAAAGUUACUCAUGCCAGAGCAAACUCGACAUUUCGCACUUUCGGGUCAACCCGAAAGUCAAUGAUGGAAGGGACUAUGCAUUUGCCGAGACUGUUCGUGAUCGCGAGCUGGGUUACCAUCCCCUCCACCCAAAGGGCCGAGGUGGAGAUAUAGUCCUCCUCCAGCAUCCACCGAUACAGCUUGUGAUGAAGAGGGGGAAGUGGCGUUGGAUGCAAGGUUUACGGCCAGAUUUUCCUGAUACACAAGAUCUCGAGAGGCAGCAUGAAGCAGCCGAGGAAAUGAGGCUACAGAAAGUCGAGGAAAUGAGAAGAGAAGCUGAGAAGGGUGGGAAGGGGAGGUAUAUUUACAAGAAUCGGUGA